CUCCCGCCCGAGCCCGCGAGCCCGCCGGCCGCUUCCGUCUCACGCAAGCGCAGCAGCCGGGCAGCGGACGCCGGCGGCAGGAUGGUCCUGGACAGCGUGGCCCGCAUCGUGAAGGUGCAGCUGCCCGCCUACCUCAAGCAGCUGCCGGUCCCCGACAGCAUUACCGGCUUCGCCCGCCUCACAGUUUCAGAAUGGCUCCGCCUGCUGCCCUUCCUUGGUGUACUUGCACUUCUCGGCUACCUUGCCGUGCGUCCAUUCUUCCCGAAGAAGAAACAACAGAAGGAUAGCUUGAUUAAUCUUAAAAUACAAAAAGAAAAUCCUAAAGUAGUGAACGAAAUAAACAUUGAAGAUCUGAGUCUUACUAAAGCAGCGUACUGUAGGUGUUGGCGUUCCAAGACGUUUCCUGCCUGCGAUGGGUCCCAUAAUAAGCAUAAUGAAUUGACGGGCGAUAACGUGGGUCCGCUCAUACUGAAGAAGAAAGAAGUAUAACAGUAGCCAUUUAGGAUUGAAACUCUUGUACUCUUUCCUCGUUUGUUGUGCAUAGAAAGUCCUUGGAGGUUUUAACUGUCAGUACUAGUUGAAUAAUUCUUUCUGCCAAUUAUUUUCUUGCUACACUACUGUUUAUAUUUGAUACUUUAUAUAAUCAGUCCUGAAAUCAAGAGUUAAUAAAGUCAGUACUUCAGAUUAUAGUUAAUUGGGAAUUUAAAGUUUGACCAAGGGCCAAAAGUUAUUUCUUUGCAUAUCAGUAUUUCAACAGAAUGUAUAUAUUUUUUAAAAAAGUUCUCCCCUGUUCUGUUAAAUGUAUUUUUGUACUAUUUUGUUUUGCUCAUUUGAAGUAGUUUGUCGUCCUUUGGCCUUUGUGGAGCUCUGCUGUUUUUAGAUGAAGUAUGAAAAUAUUGCCAUCAAGAAUUUCUUUGGGGCAAUAAAACCCCUUGUUUUAUAGAUAUUCUUGUCUCAUUACUAUGAUUAUCCCAAUUUGUAAAGUAAAUCAGAUAUACAAAUGUUCCAGCGAGAAACAGUUACUUACAUCAUAAAAAAUUGAUUCGCCAUACAAAAGGCUUGCCCAGUGUGCGUGUGUGCGUUUGUGUGUGCACGUGCGCGCAUGUGUGGGCUGUUUAACUUGGUGCCAGCUGGGCAGUAAGAGCACUUACUACUUAUGAGCUACAGUCUGAAGGUCAAGUAGAUGUAAAGUAUCUGAAUUUGCCUUAAAAUUACACAUAGUUCAUUGCUCAAUUGUGUUUUCUCAUUUUUGUAGUCAGUUACAGAGGAACUUGUAAUUUAAGGGGUUGAAUGAGCACAUACUGAGAGAAAAAGUUUUGGUCUUUUUAAAAGAAGUGAUAGCUCCUUUAUUGCAUUAACUUCACAAAGCACAGACAAAAUGUUUGUGUGCGUAAUGGCAGAAGAGCGCCUGCGAGGACAUACGGUACAGCGUGAUCUGCCUGCUGCUAAGGAGGAUGACUCAGAAAGCAAGGCUUACUACUUUUACUUUCCAUUCCUCUCUUGAUCCCCCACACAAACAUUUAUAUACUUUAAAUUGUUUUUAAAAUCAAGACUUUGAAUAAAAUUGUCAAAACACAAUGAAGCUUUCUAGAAUUGUCUAAAGAGAGGUAGGAUGGAGGCAGCAUUGCGGGAUCCUAAUGCAGAUGGACUAGACACUAGCUGUUCAGGGAAGUCAGCUGGGCAGGUGUUACUGGCGGAUACUGCAGACAACAGCACCACAGCAGAACCGCCCAUUUCAUAACUGAAAUGAUACACUGUUAAGGGUAAAAUAAGGAUAUAUAACAAAGGUGAAGUUUAGUUUAGUGCUUGAGUUCUGCCAUAAAACAUGUGACCUCUAGGAGCAGGGGAAAAGCAGAACAGUUAUAUUUGGGGACACUCAUUUGUCAGGUCUGCUGGGUUAGAUGGGUCAUCUCUAGGGUUUCUUAUUUAUUUAAUGAGCAUAUAGUGAGCCUGGUGCCACAUAUAUAACACAUUCUGUUCUCUUUCAUUAGCGAUUAUAUCUAGCUGUUUGAGAAAGACUAGGGAUGACAAGCCAAGUCUCCAUGCUGAAAGGAAAAUAGUCAUAAAUCAGUUUAUCACGCAAUUAAAUGACAUUGACACAUUUUAUAGUCUUAAUGUUUGUGAAGUGUGAAUGUGAAAACAUUUGUUUUAUCACUAAAACAUUUGUCUAUUUAGGACAUGUUUUAGAAAGAAUUUUUAUUCUUUUAUGUGUAUGAUGCUUGUUUGCAUGUGUCUAUGUCUGUGCACCGUGCACAUACCUGGUGCCCAAGGAAGGCAGAAGAGAAUGUUGAGUCCCCUGGAACUGGAACUAACAGAUGAUUGUGAGCCACCAUGUGGGUGCUGGGAACUGAACCCGGGUCCUCUGCCAAUAGCACCCAGUGCUAUUAACAACUGAGCCAUUGCUAUAGCCCUGCGAAAUUUUUAAUAAAAUGAAUAAACACACUUAAAUGAAGAGGCAGUGAUAGUUUGAAACCAGAAACCAAGAACUGGAAAGGGGUCAUAGUAUUAUGAAAGUCAAGAGCGGCAGAAAUUCGUUUUAUGUUCACGCAGUCACUUUUAUGGUACUAGGGAUGUGACUGACCCAGGGCUUCACCCGCGCUGGCAAGAGCUCUUUGCACUGAGAUCCCUCGUGUGUGUGUGUGUGUGUUUUUUUUUUUUAUUGGUUUUUCGAGACAGGGUUUCUCUGUGGUUUUGGAGCCUGUCCUGGAACUAGCUCUUGUAGACCAGGCUGGUCUCGAACUCACAGAGAUCCGCCUGCCUCUGCCUCCCAAGUGCUGGGAUUAAAGGCGUGCGCCACCACUGCCCGGCUCUCCCUCUUGUGUUUUUAACAGUAGAAACCAUUGAAACAAAAUGCAAGAAAAUUUUCAACAUAGGUUUACUGGAAAUUUUGAAUUAUUUGUCAUUUUAGCCAGCUGUCGGGCAUCUCUUUAGUUUUAUUUUACAUUACAGUUCUCAUGUAAUGGCUACCCAUAAACUAUUAAAGAUACAGUCCACUCAGUUAUUUUUAGUUGUCUGUUGUCUGUGUGUGUACCUCUGUUUGCAGAUGUGUUUACCUGUGAGUGUAGAGGCCAGAGGUCAGUGUGGGUUAUCUUCCUCAGUGAUUCUCUCCCUGAAUCUGGAGCUCACGGAUUGGACUGGGCUGGCCAGCCUAGUGAGCCUCGGAGCUGCCCCGUCCCCAUCUCCCCAGCACCCAGGUUACAGUCGUGCACUGCAGUAAACACUGGGGACCAGAACUCAGGUUCUCGUACUUAUGUGGCGAGCAUCUUACUAACUAAGCCAUUGCCUGAGCCCCUUGUCUUUUUCCACAGACAUUCCAUCUUUGUGGUAAUGAAGCUAAGAAUUACUGAGUAUAGUAAACAUUACAUUAAGCAUGUACUGGGAUCGUAAAUGUAUCUCAUGUGUUGGCAGUGAGUUCCACAGUGUGCUAUUACCUUCCUCAGGACCAACAGUGAGAUCCUAAAGCUAGACUUGAAAAAUACCUUUGCUGGGGGAGCUUUACAAGGUCUGUGCCCAACCCUUACCUCCUCUUCCUACCUGCCACUGGGACCAGUAGAGCGUUCAUCUUCGGUGGCUGUGCCUUCUCGUUUGUUUUCUGAGAACAUUUGCCCCUAGUGCCUUCACUGUCAGAUUAACCAGUUAUUCUUCCACAGUUGGUGAUAAGACUCUGGAAUA